AUGCGCCACACAGUCUGCCAGAAAGUUGAGGGUGCGCUGCAGGAUAGUCGCCCCGCUACCCUCGUUGCGAGCUGCUUGGCACAAGGUGUAUGUACACCCGAUCCGGCGUCAGCUGGCCGUCUCGGAGAAAUCGGAGCGCGAGGCGUCAGCACAAAAGCCCGGGGUUCGGACGCCGGCUGCACCCCAGUGAGGAGACUCCACGCAAACAGUGCGGAAAGAUCCAGUCGGGUUCCCUCUUCUUUCUUUCUGUCUCGUCUUCGCCCCCCUCGAGGGGCGUUCUUCCCUAGCCUCGCGUCUCCGCGUUUUACCAGCCGGGCACCCCUCGCCGCUCGUCCGUGCCCGCCGCCGGCGUCGCCCUCCGCAGCUGGCCCGCGCUUCUCUUUCCAAGAAAACGAAGAACCGAAAGGCGCAGAUGCCCCACAAACCUCUGCGAGGCGCGUAGAGGAGGCUAGUGAGAAUCCGACGGACGCAGGCCAGCGUCGACUCGAACAAGGCAGCAGUGACCGUUCGGAGCCCAAAACCGCGGAAUGGUUACAGGCGGAAAAAGAAGUUCUCGAGGAAAUCGCCGCUUCGCGCCGUCUGUGCUGCAAACGCGUGGAGGCCUCUCAGGCUGGUUUGCGGGUGGGAAUCUUCGCGCUGCGCCACGUUGUCGGCUCCUGGCCGGCUGUGGCAAAUCUGCUUCGGAAAAAGGAACUUUUCCUCGUUCGCAAAGACGCGCCAUUCGCCCAGCAUGUGAAGUUCUUGCGGAAGCAGAGAGAUCGGCCGGAAGCCUCCAAAGACGCUCGGGUCAAUGCGGGAGAUCUUGUCUACUUUCCCCGUGGAUCAGACGCGCUGCACCAUGCGAAGGAGAUUUCACGGCCCUCUGCCGGUCUUGACCUAAGAGAAAGACUCCUGUACAAGGACACGGACUUCCUGGCCAUCGACAAACCGUUUGGGCUCUGCACUGGCCAGCUGCGGCCUCGAGGCCGUCGCGCUCCGAAGAAAGACACGGAGAAGGCCUCAGUCCUGUCGCUCGCGCACCAGCUGCGCUUCUCCCUGGAUGAGACUCCUAAACUCCUCCACAGACUGGGCGACGAGGUCACAGGCGUGUUGCUGCUGGGGCGAACCAAGCAGACAGCUGCGCUCGCUCUCGAUCGUUUUCGGGGAGGAACGUUCGGGACAGUCACCUUCCUCGCGCUGGUCCAUGGCCGCCCGCCUGGCGGUCGCCGCGAAGGAGUCAUUCGCAUCCCGCUCGCUGAAAAUGAGGCUGGAGUCAUGGUCCCCACGGCCGUUCAGCGAGGCGGCGCCGCCGUCGUGACGCGCUGGCGGCUGCUCAAGGUCGCCUCUGCUGCCGGGCGGCACGGAUGCGACAGAGAAAGCGACGCACACGGAUCGGCGGGUCUCGGCUUUUCUCUGAUCGAACUCGAAAUCGACCAGCAGCAGUGCCGCCACCAAGCGAGAGCUCACUGUCUGUACGGGUUGUGCUGCCCGAUCGUCGGCGAUCGGGUGUACGGCCCGCUCGCCUCGCGCUGGCGGCAGCUGGCCUCGACUGGAGCCUCGGUCGUCGGCCACGCCAAAAGCGCCGUUCUGAAGGAUUUGGAAGAGACAAGACGUGGCAGGCGGGGCACGGGGACGGCGUCGGAGUCCGCGCACGCAGGGAAGCACGGGGGCGAAGCACCUGGCGCUCCGACGGAAGAUCGCGCCGAGGAGAAGCGGCGAAACGUAGAAACCCGGCAGGCGCUGGGAGUGACGGCGCCUUCGAUGCUGCAUCUGCACUCGCGAGGCAUUCGGUUUGAAACGUUUGCAGGCGACAGCAACGCCUCUUUAAACCCAUCGCCUUUCGUUCAGCUGAAGUCGCGUCUGUUUCAGUUCCCCUCCCCCCCGUGGCCCGAGUGUGUGUCGCGCGUAGGUCGCCCGGUGCACGUUGAGGCUCCCCUGCCUCCCCACAUGCGCCAGGCAGCUUCGCGGCUCGGCUGGGGCUUUUUCGUGGCGCAGACUGACGCGCACCUCUCCGCUCUGAAGGCGCACACGGAAGACGCGAGAAGCUGCGCGUUCGAGGACAAGGACGAGAGAAGGAACGAAGACGGAACAGACGCGCGCGAGCUCUGUGGAGACCAGCGGAGCCUCAGGAGAGAUCGGCACGGGCGGAAGGUCAAGGUGGCCGAGACGCGUCUUGAUGGUACACACCGCUGCGACAAACCGAGUGUCUGGGAUGUCCUAGGUGGGGCGGAAACAGCAGACGAGGACGACGAUGAAGAGGAAGGAGAGGAAGCGGAAGGAGAGGAAGAGUGUGAAGCUGCGUGGGAGGUGUCGGAGAGCAACAAUUUCGUCCACGCGGGUUUGAGCGAAGACCCCGGCAGUCAGGGCCGAGGGAGGGCGGCGCGUGAGAGACCCGAGAAACACUGGAUUGCACGUUUCUUUGAAGAACGCGCGAAGAAAGGAGAAAGACAAUGCAAAGCGGCAGCUCGACGGCCCGCCCCUUUGCCGCCCGUUGUGACGAAGCUCCACAGGUGA